ACUUCCCUUCUCCGUAAUCCUGAUAUCCAAGAAAAUCAAGCAGGGGCUUAUAAAUGCACUGGAAUGAACAACAUUACAGGCUGGUCGAUUGAAAAAUCAGGGAUAAUUGACCUGAUUUAUGGCUGUGAGUCAUUUAAUUUCUUAUUUGAAUUCUUCUUAUACACACGAACGCACAAGACCACAUUAAUUAACAGUACCUCCUUUGUAUCAGGUUCAGCAUAAAAAUGUAUUGCCGUGUUUGCCCUGUAAGCAAUGGAAAGUAUCCCAUUUAGACGAAGAGGGACAGCUCAUUCUCUCUUGAUUUAGACGGAAUUAAAUAUUGGGUGCUUCAUGUUUUAAAUAACAGAUAAAGUUAUUCCCAGCUGAAUUUAAAAGAAAUCAAUAUAACUCAAAAUUUCGUGCCACCUUCCUCUUUCCAUUCAGACCAAUUGGACGCUGGAAUUUUUAUUUGUUUAUCCCUCGGGUCACAAGGGAUAAGUAAAUAAGUAAAUAAUUAAAUAAAUAAAUAACGAUUUAGUGGCGCUAGCUCAUCCACAUAGUGGUUCUUUGUCUGCCAUUCUGGCUCAAAUUUACCCCGCCCAGAUGGUGGGAUUAACGUGGGAGUGACGUAUGUUUUUGGCAGCGAUGGCGGAAUAAGGGUAACAAGCAACAAAACUCAUCUAGGCCGACCACAUAUGAAGUUGCCUGAGGAAUCAAGCACAGGACAGUCAUUAAUGAGAGAGGAGUGUUCUCACCUGAAAUACAGUAGAACCUCUAUAUAACGAACUCCUCGGUAUAAUUAACAAUUAUUCCACCAGUGUGCGUUGGAUUUGAGAUGGUAGGGAGCCAACGAGGCGCGUAACACCGAGUUGGCAGAAAGAAAAAGGAGAAUUGGUCGUCGUAUGUUCACUUUCUCUAUAAAACGUCGUAUUCCUUGAUUAGGAGGUUUCACUUCAUAGUCGUGCAGUCAACGUCAAAGAAAUGUACUAAGAAGCUUGACGCACGUGCAGCAACUGUUUUUUUCAUGUUAAAACCAAUUGUGUUUUGACGUCGUGGUGGUUCAGAUUUUCACUUUUCAGAUUUUGGUAUUUUUUCCCACUAAUUCAAGAGGUUGCUAUAAAAAUUACAAAUAUAUCACAAAAACAAGAGGAAGAAAACCAGCAAAUUACAUAAAUCCUGGUCAAAAGUGAAAUGUGUGCAGUGGCCAAAAGAGCUUAGGUUUUCGAGUUGGUCACUUAAGCUCCCUACCAUGUUUAAAUGACUGGGUGUAUGACUUAUGAGCUUUGAAAUUAAGACGAAGAAUUCCUUCUCAGUUCCAGUUAAGAGAGUAUCUAAGACAAGUUCUCCCGUUGACUUCUAUUCUGACAAAAAACAAAUGGAACUGAAGUGUACCUUCAAGGGAUGGCCUCGUCCUCGUGUAGUUUGGUCCAAUCCAAAAAACAAACAAAUCAUCAAC